AUGGCGGAGAAACAGUACAAGAAGGAAUUAAUCAUUACUAUGCUGCUACCAAUCCUUCUUGGUUUUCUUGCCUUCUCAAUUGGAGGCCUGUACCUGCUGGGGGUGUUUCGACAGCAGCGACCAGGAGAACCUCCUUUGGACAAGGGGCUUGUCCCAUGGCUGGGUCAUGCCUUAGAGUUUCGCAAGGACACAGUUAAGUUCCUAAAGAAGAUGAAGAAAAAGCAUGGAGAUGUAUUCACGGUACAGCUGGGAGGCAAUUACAUUACAUUUAUUAUGGAUUCUCUCUCACUGGUGGCCUUUGUUAAGGAAGAUCGAGAAAAACUGAACUUCAACAAGUUUGCCAGGCAGCUUUUGCACCGAAUCUUUGGUUACAAAUCUUUCGGGAAUGAGCACCAGACUCUCAUGGUGACAAGCUACAAGCACCUGAGGGGGCCUGGGCUGGAGGUGUUGACACAGUCCAUGAUGUGUAAUUUGCAGAACAUUAUGUUGCAGAACACUGACUCCUCUGCAGUUCGGAAGACCUGGAUAGAAGACAGUCUGUUUAAAUACAGCUACAAUAUUAUUUUUAGGGCUGGUUACUUAUCUCUUUUUGGCAAUGCGUCACACGAGUCUGAAGGAAGUGUAGACAAAGCCAAAGAGAAAGACAAAACUGAAUCAGAAGCCUUAUUUAUUGAGUUCUGUAAAUUUGUUGACUUCCUCCCUGAUCUGGCUUUUGGUGUCGUGCCCCUGACGGAGAGGAAGGAUGCAGAGAGGGUAAAGGCAUUCUUCUGGAACGCUCUGUCAAUGCAGAAGAUAAGGAACAAGGACAACAUCAGUCGCUGGCUGUGGGACAUGCAGCUGGCCAGACAGGAGUUGGGUAUAAAGGAGUCAAUGAUAGACAGGUACAUGCUUGUGCUUCUUUUUGUUUCCCAAGGCAACACAGGGCCUUCUGCAUUCUGGCUGCUCCUCUUCCUCAUGAAACACCCUGAAGCCAUGACGGCUGUGAGGGGGGAGGCAGAGAAGGUUCUGAAGGAGUCUGGCCAGGAAGUGCUAUGUGGUGGCCCUUUGAUCAAUGUGACUUGUGAUAUGCUGAUGAAAACACCAAUCCUGGAUAGCGCUGUAGAGGAGACCUUGCGACUCACAUCUAUGCCUCUCCUCUCCAGAGUAGUGGGCCAUGAUAUGACUUACAACAUGGCUGAUGGUUGCAAAUACCAUAUUCGCAAGGGUGACAGAUGUGCAGUCAUUCCUUGGAUUACUGUCCAGACUGACCCAGAGAUCCAUCCUGACCCACAUUCAUUCAAAUAUGACCGCUUUCUGAAUCCAGAUGGGAGCAAGAAAACUGAUUUCUACAAAGCAGGGAAGAAGGUGCCGUAUUAUAACAUGCCUUUUGGUGCUGGGGUCUCCAUGUGUCCUGGGAGGUUCUUUGCCAUCAAUGAGCUGAAACAGUUUAUUUUCCUCAUGUUGGUCUACUUUGAGUUUGAGCUGAAGAAUUCUCGUGAAAAAAUACCUGAUACUGACUUCCAUCGAGCGGGCUUUGGAGCGCUUCAUCCCGUAAAAGACAUCCAGUUUCAGUACAGACUCAGAUUCUGA